UUGAUGAUAUUACAGCAUUAUGGCAUUAUGGCAUUGCAGCAUUGCAUCUUUAUGGAAGUGGUGAUAAUAGUGAAAGACUAGUUAUUAGAGAGGCUAGUAUCUGGAAGAGAUUGUUGAGAAAAUUGGUUAAAGAA